AUGUCUUUAGAGGCGGACAGUAGAGACCUCACAUGUUCCGCCGCCUCUCCUCCCCCUUCCGCCGGCGCAAGCAGCCGUCCGCGACCGUGCGCAUGCAUUCUCUCGUCGCUGUCCGCGUACGGUACCACGGUCGUGGCUGGCACUCCAGAUGCAGCGCUCACGGGCUGCGACGAGGUGUCCGCCGCAGGGAGGAAAGCAGGAAUGUUGGCGGAAGGAGGGGUAGCGGUUCUAGAGAGUGCUGAUCGGCUGACAGCAGUAGGCGGCAGGCAGCAGGCGGUAGCGCUGAUGCCCCAGCUGCAGGAGCAGGCGGACGAGGGAGGCGCGGAUGACGCAGAGAAAGAGCGCCAGGGCGCAGCGGAGCGGCAUGGGGAAGGGAAGGCGGAGGGGCAAGGCGAAGUGGACGGCGUGGGGGCGGCGGAGUGGGAGAGUGUGCCUGAAGGGAUCUUGGAGUCGGUGUUUGCUCGGCUGGCGUUUGAAGACCUGGCCGCCGUGCUGCUCACGUGCUCCGCGUGGCAGGCAGUGGCGCGCAGUGAUUGCCUUUGGAAGCAACUGUUUCUGCUGCGAUGGGGGCACUCUGCCACUCAAGCUAUUAUGCAGCAGCGGCGGCAGCAACAGCAAGAGCAACAGCUGGAGCAAGAGCAGGAGCAGCAGGAGCAGGAGCAGCAGAAACCGGAGCAGGAGCAGAAAGAGAGCAGGACGGUUACUAGCAGCAGAAGCGCAGUGGAGCAGCAGAGGACGGAUGAGCAAGUGCAUGAGGGAGCCGAUCUAGCACAGGGAGAUGACAGCAGCGGUGGAGAUACCUCAGCUCGUCCGUUGCAUCCAGACCAGCAGCAGUCGCCAUCAGUCACUGCGGCACCGUUGUCGUGGCAGGAGGCGUUUCGGCAGCGGCUGGAGAGUGAGAGGGCAGCGCAGUGCCCCCAGUGCCGCAGGUCGCGCUUUGUUCCCAUCGUGUACGGCUUCCCAUCAGCUCCGCUGGUGGCAGGCAUGCGCAUGGCACAGUGUGUGCUGGGAGGGGACCAUCUCACAGACUACCCAGGGUACAACCCCCUGUGGGUGUGUGUGGGGUGCACCACCCGGUGGAGGAAGUAUCCUUAUGCUCCUGACUGCGAAGGCCCCUACUUCCCGCCCUCGCUCUCCACCUCAUCUGCCUCGUCCACAGGCAAUGAGAUUGACGACUUUGAUUCCUCUCAGGACGCACCCGCGCCCACUUCUACCCCUCCAGACUCUGCGCCUGGUGCGCCGGCCGCCGCCGCGACUGCUCCGCCUGCCGCUCCAGGAGCGCUGCCCGUCGCACCCCCCGCGACAACUCCCCCGGCUGCGCAGACCACCGGGGCACCGAUCGCGCUGUCUGAUUUCGAUCAGGCGAAGCGCAAGGCGGAAGAGCUCGCGCAGAAGUUUCUUAACGCGGGAGGCGCGAAGCGGUCCAAGUUCGACGACGGGCCGCCCGCAGGCGUUGCCGCCGCCGUGGCUCCUCCCGGCGUGAGCGGCGCGAACGGCGGAGGCCCGCCGGGUGGUGUGGCGAGCUUCGCGCCCGGUCCUCCCGGAUCGCAAGGCUAUGGCGCUGGCGCGCAGCAGCAGAGCCAGCCGCCGCCGUACUACCAGCAGCCGCAGCCGGGGGGCGCCGCGCCUUACUACGAUCAACAGGGCGGCGCCGCUACGCAGUCAAAGAAGAUCGACGUGCCGAACACGCGGGUGGGGCUGAUCAUCGGCAAGGGCGGCGAGACGAUCAAGUACCUGCAGGCGCAGUCGGGCGCCAAGAUCCAGGUCACGCGCGACAUGGAGGCGGACCCGCGCGCGCCCACGCGCCCCGUGGAGCUCACGGGCACGGCGGAGCAAAUCGCGCAGGCGGAGCAACUCAUUAAGCAAGUGCUCGAAGAGGUCCGCGCCCUCAAUGCUCCCCCCUCUCGCUCCCCUUUUCGCGUCCGCCAAUUCUUUUUUUGUUUUUUCCCCCGUCCGUUCCCCUUCCGAUUCCCCCACUCCCAUCCUCCCUUUUCUCACUCUCCUCGCUUUUUUUAUUUCUUAACUCUGACUGACUCGUUCGACCGGCCCUUAUUCAUCGCAUUAACGUCAUGCUCGCCCCGUUUCUGCUCUGCGCAGUCAGCCGCGGCCAGAGCGGCAGGAGGUGGAGGUGGUGGAGGAGGCGGAGGAGGCGGAGGGGGAUCGUACCCUGGAGCACAGGGUGGAGGGGAGACGGUGACGAUUAAGAUCCCCAACAACAAGGUCGGCCUCAUGAUUGGUCGAGGUGGAGAGACGAUUAAGAGCCUUCAGGCGCGCUCCGGUGCAAGGAUUCAGGUAUCGAUGCCCGCGUUCUCUCUGCUGCUGACGUGUCACACUGCAUGCACACCACGUGGCACACCUUUCUUUCAAUUUCGUUUCACUCCCUUCGCCGCGCUCCGACUAUCCCCCCCUCCACACCGUCCGUUUCCGUUUCCCUUCCGUCGACGCUCGUCGCGCCUGUUCCUUCCUCACACUUGCCUCCGUCCUCCCCUUCCCCCCCCAAUCCCUCCAAUCCCCCACACCGACACCGUGGCGCGUGGGCGGUGCGUGCAGGUGCAGAGCGAUCGCGAGGUGGAGCCGGGGUGCACGGAGCGCAACGUGAUGCUGAUGGGCAGCAAGGCGCAGACGGACAUGGCGCAGGACCUCAUCAAAGAGGUCCUCGACGACGUAAGUUGCCGCUCCCCCCCUUCCCCUCCCUCGCGCACCCUCUUUUCCCCCUCUUCUCCCGCCUUUCCUUCACACCCCCCACUCCACCUCCCCCUCCCUCCCCGCUCCUCUCCCCUCUUCCUCCCCUCGGCCCGUCCUGAAAAGCUGUGUUGCCCCACCCUCUCUGACUUCCGUCCGCCCCUCUCCGCCUCCCUGUACGUACCUCCCUUACAUCUCCCCUCCACUUUCCCCCCCUUCCCCUCCCCCCCGUCCCCAUCUCCCCCUCGCCCCCAUGACGUGAUCCAUCUGAGUGCCAUGCGAGCCUAUCAUUAUCGAUCAUGCCUUUCAUCCAAAUUUUCUGCCUUUCUGCGUCUCUUGUUUGCCUUGUGUGCUCCCCCGUUCCCCUCCCACCCUUCCCGGCUCUCCUGCAUUCUCUCGCUCCUUGCCUUGCCCUUGUCCCCCCCAUCUUGCUUGCUUGCAUGCCUGUGCUUGUGCUCGUCCUGCCCUCCCUCCUUUCGGUCUCUCCCUUCGCCCCGCUCCUCCUUCUCCUUCCUCCCCCACUCCCCUUGCUGUUGUAUGCUUCUUGUAUGCCGGCCCCUCCGCUCUUGCCUUCCUCUCUUGCCUCUUCUCUUGCUCGCUUGCCCUCGUGCCCUCGCCGCUCGUCCACCCUCUCUCCCCCCCGCGCGUCCUUGGCAAUGCAGCCUCGAAGGUCAGGUCCCGGUGGUGGCGGAGGGGGAGGCGGCGGAGGGUACGGGGGGCAGCAGGGGGGUUACCGCUCGGGCCCGGGCGGUUGGCAGGGCGGAGGGGGCGGCGGAGGAUACCAGCAGCCGCCCCCGGGGCAGCAGCCGCAGCAGGGCGGGGGAUACGGGGGAGGGUACAGCCAGGGGCAGUACGGGGGGCCGCCGCAGCAGUACGGGCAAGGGCAGGGCUACGGGGGGGGAUACGGGGCGCAGGCGGGAGGAGGCGGGGAGUACCAGCAGCAGGGGGGGUGGGGCGCGGGCGCACCACCAGGGGGGCAGCAGCCCCCGCCUGCCCCGCCAGCGCAGCAGCCGCCAGCCGCACAGCCACCCGCGCAGCCAGCAGGAGGCGCACCAGCAGGGGGAGGGUACGAUUACUAUGGGCAGGGCGCACAGGCGCCCCCCCCCUGCUGGGGACGGGGGGUACGCGUAUGGCGCUCAGCAGGGCGGGCAGGCGGGGUACUAUGGGGGAUACCAGCAGGGGUACCCGCAGCAGCAGGGGCAGCAGGCGCCUCCUGCGGGGUAUGCAGCAGCACCGGGGGGGUAUCCUCAGCAGCAGGGGUAUGAUCAGCAGGGGUAUGGGCAGCAGGGGUAUGCCCAGCCAGGGUAUGGUGCGCAGCAGGGCGGGUAUGAUUACUACGGGCAGGGGCAGCAGGCGCAGGGAGGGCAGGAUGCGUAUGGGCAGCAGCAGCAGCAGCAGCCCCCGGCGGGGGGGCAGCAGGCGGCAGGGCAGGGGUAUGGUGGAGCGGAGGGUGGUGCGCAGGGAGGGUAUGAUUACAGUGCUGCUGCCCCGCCUGCUGCCGCUCCUCCUGGCGCCGCUUAG